AUGGAUGUAGAUAUACAACAAAAUAAUUUAUCUUCUAAACAACCACAAUCAUCAAUAAGUCCUGAUCAUUUAUCACACCAAAAUGAUAUUGAAGAUUAUAUUGAACGAAGUGAUAAUGAAAGCUCAGGAGGAAAUCGAAGCUUGUCUACAACAUCUCGUGAUAAUGUGUGGGCUUUUUUUACACAUGUUGCUGAUGAUACUUAUCAAUGUCGUCUUUGCUCAAAUACAUAUAAAGCAUAUAACCGUGUUGAUGCAAAUUUAAGAAAACAUAUUGGUAAAACUCAUAAAAUGGAACAAUAUUUAUUUGAAUCUCAAAAAAGUAACAAUUAA